GUUGACAUUGCCAAACGUGUGGUGCUAUAGUUUGCUGAAGACUUGACCAAUCGGCAGAGCUUCACACAAACACAUAGCAACCCACCAUGGUUACAGUGUGUGUCAACAUGUGUAGUUACUAUGGUGGAGGAAAUAAAAGACCACCAAGCUCCACCCCAAAGACAGUCAGCGCCGGGCGACAUCAAGCAAGAGAAAGACAAGGACAAUGCAGGCGAUACUCCUAGUGACUGUCUUCUCCUGUCUUCUUGCGGCUGCUGAUGCAGUUGCACUGGGAGGGACCUGCACCGCUACAACAGACUGCACUACUACGAAUGCUAACUCCGAAUGUCGCUCAUCCGUGUGUAAGUGUGUAACUGGAUACGCUCAGUCUGGCACAACAUGCAUUGCCACAGGCGGGUCUUGCACAUCAAGUGCCUGCGCUUCUCCCCUUGUAUGCGAAUCAUCAACCUGCAAGAUCAAAGCUGGAGACACCUGUGCUGCUAACGCUGACUGUGUUUCCCAGUCGACCUGCACCAGCGACAAGUGCACGUGCGGUACCGGGUACACUGCAGGAUCCACUGGCUUGUGUCUUGUAAACGGAGCUGUUGGUGCAGCUUGCAAAUCAGAUGGCACCUGCACUGACACCACUUCAGUCUGCGAAUCAUCGGUGUGCAAGAUCAAAGCUGGAGCCGCUUGUACUUCUGGGUCCACUAACUGUGUUUCACAGUCGACCUGCUCCACCUCCUCCUCCACCACGACCUGCACGUGCAACAGCGGCUACACUGCACUCACGACUGGCUUGUGUAACGGAGUUGCUCCCCAGUCUGUGUCCUCCUGGCUCCUCACCGGCAGCAUCAUCACACUUCUGGUGACCCUGUGUCUGCCAUAGGACAACCUUUGACCUUCCACGUGGACCCCUAAACCAGAAAUGGACUUAACUGACUUCUGAGACUGUACUUUUUGUAAAUUUGUAAUCGUUAAAACACGAACAGAGGAAUUAGUAGGACAAUCAACAGCUACAAGCCAAUAAUGUAAAAUUUUUCAAAGUUGUUAUCAACUGUAUUCACAGGAAAUCGAAGGAAAAGAACUGUUUGAAGUACAUAGAUACUGGGGCGGAGAAGCCAAACAAUUGGAAAAAAAAGUUUACCAGCAUAAAGAAAACUAGUUAAACAGCUCGAGGUAUACAACAUAUGAUGAACUGUAUAAAAUUCACUCUGAAAUAAGCAUUUUUAUUGUGACCUGGUAAAGCAAAAAGUUCUUGAUGUUAAAGUAGACAGUCGAAGAUUUUCCCCUUUCUUUUCUGUUAUAUUCAUACUUUUCUUUCGAAUAUCUUUGAUAUGUUAAUUUGAAUCCAUAGGAUUACAACUACAUGAUGCUAGGUCGCAUGUAUUAAGCAAAACAACAGUUUUGUUACAAUCACUUCAAGAUUAAAAAUUCAUUAAUGGAGGUUCUGCGUGAUGUGCAUUUUCUUUUCACAGAUAUUUCUACAUUCAGUUCCUCCUGCUUCACACCCUCUUCUUCUCUCUCUUUGUUGUUUAUUUCUCACCCUUUCUCUCUCUUCCCUCUCUCUUUCUCCUGCAUCUUCACUGUAUGAACCAAACGUUUUCGUCUGGGGAAUUUAGGGGCCUCCAUUGAGAAUAAUUUAUUUGUUACCUCUGAUUGAAUUUGUAUUCAAAUAGAAACUUUGCUUUUACCCACGUUUAAAUAAUUCAAGUUUAUUUUAUUUUUAUUUUGUCUUUCAAUAGAUAAAGUUUAUAAAACAAUGUUUGUAUUCUAAAGGUGCAUUUCAUUUUAUUGCUCCUAGUGAAGGCAAAUUCACAGUCCGUCCUUUUCACUAUUAAAUAUUUCCUGAAAAAAUG